UUUGACCCAGCCCUUCUUCUGCAGUGGAGCGUUUGACGGUGCCACGGUUAAAUUUUAAUACCGAAAGUGUCCCACGGUACGUGUGCCGCUGAAAUGGCUGCUGCGACUACAGAAGAAACACCCGCACUGAGUGUUGAGAACGAUGUACUGCCCGCAGAGACAAACGAGGGAUCCGGCGAGGAGAAAGAAAAGGGCCUUAACGAACCGGAAACAGAGGACCGACGCACCAGUGUAGAACCGAAAAUGGAAGAGGUGGACACGGGGGGCGGCGAAGAGAAACCCGCUGCCGCGGCAGACAAGGCCGCGACCAAGGCGGUGACAGACGACUGUGCUGUAACGGUCAACCAGGAGGCGACAGCCGCUCCUGAAGAACCGGAGCAAAAGCCAGAGUCACAGCAAAGCCCGGGAGAGGGUAAGAACGAACCCGCAAACGAUAAUGACAUGAAAGAAGCGAAGGAGGAGUCAGGGGAGGAUAGCCGGUGUCCGGGGAUAGACUGCGAAAAGAGCAAAACAGUUUUUGAAGAUGGUGAGAAACCCAGCGGCGGGGGCGGGGAGCUUGGCGACAAGAGGCGGCCGAGUGUGGAGAUAUCGUCCUCGGAUGGUGAACCGCUGAGCCGUAUGGACUCGGAGGACAGUAUCAGCAGUACCCUGAUGGAGUUGGAGAGCACAGUGUCCAGUGGGCGCUCCACUCCUGCUAUGAUGAAUGGACAGAGCAGUGCCAGCUCCUCUGGGGCUAAGACAGUGGCUUACCCCUGCUGCUGGGACCUCUGUCCGGAGUGCUUCAACUCCAGUCCUGAUCUGGCAGAGCAUAUCAGGGGCAUUCAUGUUGAUGGGCAGAGAGGAGGGGUGUUUGUGUGUCUAUGGAAGGGUUGUAAGGUGUACAACACACCAUCCACCAGUCAAAGUUGGCUCCAGAGACACAUGUUAACGCACAGUGGUGAUAAGCCUUUCAAGUGUGUAGUUGGUGGCUGCAACGCCAGCUUUGCUUCCCAAGGAGGGUUAGCUCGCCAUGUCCCCAGCCACUUCAGCCAGCAGAGCUCCUCCAAAAUGUCCAGCCAGGCCAAACUUAAAGAGGAGUCACCCUCCAAGGCUGGACUCAACAAGAGGAAGAAACUCAAGAACAAACGCAGCGAGGCCCCACGACUUCUUCGAUGCCCAAACUAUGGAUGCAAUUCGCCACAGGGCCAUCUGUCUCAACCUCGCCACCCACAUCGAAAGUGUGGGCAAUGGCCACAGUGUGGUCUUUCACAGCACGGUGCUAGCCAAAAGGAAAGAGGGCUCUGGCAAGGUGAAGGUCCUCCUACAUUGGACACCUGAGGACAUUUUUACGGUUCUCCUUUCCAUCCAGUUGUGCACUCAUAUGGUGGCCUUCCUUCACGUCAGGGCUUGCUAUUAAUCUUCCCAACCUUCUUUUCCUGACUGAUGCACUUUUUGUUGCGGAGUGUGAGGAAUCCAGGCCCCAUUAUAGCCCAUAUCACCCUAGCACAUCUGCAUGAAGCCCCAGGGCUUUUCUCAAAGAGAGCUGAGGGCAUCAGCUGCAAUUAUCAGCCAGUAUCCUCUCUUAGUGUUAUCAAGCCUGGAGUGGUGAUGGGGAGAAGACUGGAAAUUAGAAACUCUCUGUCCCUCUUUGAGUCUGGCGCUGGUUCUGUACCAUCUGCUUGGCUUGGUCUGACUCUGAUAAACCUUGAAUUAGUCCACUGAAGUGUCUAUUAAACAGUGGAUCAGCAUUCAAUAUUGCUUGGAGGCUAAAUUAUUUCUUUUUUGUGACUUUCCAGUAAACCUUUCAUCAAUUGCCAUUUCAAGUGAUCAAUGUCCAUUGCAGUAUUUUGGUAAAACCUCUGGAUACACUAACACUAAAAAAAAAAAUCAUGCUCAGCCCGUUUGGACAUGAGCCGCUCUGCCCAGUCGUCACUUGCUGCAUACCUAUUCUCAGCUUAGCCUCACCAGGCCCAUUCCACUUGAGGUGCACCUUGGCACCACUUAAGCCCCAGCUCAUUUAAGCAACUGGGCAGAAGGGCAGGCAUGUUUGGCACUGUGCUUAUGAAAUGGCUGUCUCAUAGAGAGAGCUUCACAGAACACUGUGAUAUCAGCAGGGCUCUUGCUCAGGGGAAGCUCGCAACAUACUUCCAACACGCCCAUUAAAGGGUUUGACUUCACGGCCUUUUGAGGAGGAUCAGAGAGCAGAGAGAUGUAGAAUGAAAGAGGAGGGAGAAGGUGGGAGAUAAGAAGAAGUAAGCACACAGG